CGUUCUGAUUUGAAUCUAAAAGCUUCAUUUCAUCGAUGUACAUUGAUGGGUACGUCAAAUCGAACACAUCCUUCAGAAAACUUCAACUGCUUUUUUCUAGAAGUGAUCUUGCUCCAUGCCAGCCAUAAACCCUUGUACAUCUCUACUGUGAUUACGAGCAUCAUAAAUGGUAUAGCGUUGGUGUUCGCCACCGUCGGAAACAGCAUCAUUUUAACAGUUGUACUCCGAACGACAGCCUUACAAACUUGUUCAAACCUUUUCCUUGGAAACCUGGUUUUAUCUGAUUUAUUGGUUGGGGCCAUGGUACAACCUCUUUUUAUUAUUUACAAAACAGGAGAAAUACUAGGAAAGUAUUCAUGUGUUGCGCAUGCAUUGUUUUCGACAUGCGCUUGGCUUUGUGCUGGAGUAUCUUUCCUAACAUUAACAGCUUUGAACUGUGAAAGACACAUUGCUAUCUUCGCCCCUCUAAGAUAUAAAACAUUGGUUACAUCGCGGAGCGUCAUAAUAAUUUCUUUCUUCAUUUGGCUACUGUCGCUCUUAUUAGUUUCUUCGCGUUUCUACGGGUUCAGCAGUAUCGCCUUCUACGCAGUCGGUUGUACUAUCAUCGUCAUUAGUUUGAUAACAUUUCUCGUCAUUUCAGUCCGAAUUCAUCGCGUUGUUCAACGCCAUAGAAAGCAAAUCGCAGUUAGCCAUCCAAGCAAUCUAGGAAGUUGGCAAAGACAAGCACGCGAGGCGGGACACGCAAGAAAUGUAGCUUGGGUGACUUCAAUCUUCUUCGCUUGCUACUUGCCAACCUUGAUAAUAAUGAUAACCUACACUAUUGUUGGCUACACUGUCGAGUUAAAAACGGUUUAUCUUUGGUCUGACGCGCUGGUGUUUCUAAAUUCAUCUUUUAACCCUGCAAUUUACUGUUGGAGGAACAAAGGUAUUAGAAAAGCUGUCUUCAAAGUUCUUGAUCUGAAAAGGAAGGCUUCCAUACAACCUAACGAACAGGCUUCUCCAGAGUGUUCAAAAAGUGCGGGUUGCGUUAUAGACAGUGUCAGCGAUAAAAUACCUUCCGCCCGGUCAACUGACCAAUUGGGUAAAUAUAAUUAGAGACAGGAAUUAAAAGAAAAUUAGAAAAUGAAAUGACAUUGUACGUGACGUGUCAAGAAUAUGAUCCGCUGACGACAGAGAGAAAUAUACCUCACUGGUGAAUUAUUUGUUUCCAGGUUGUUCCAUUUUCCCCACGAAUCUUUCAAACACCCGCCAAAAAAAUUUAAUACUCCGAGUACUAUUGACGUGGAUAUGUCAGGCAGAAAGAAGGACUUAGAAUUUUGAUCAAACACUGACUGAUUUGUUUAUAGUUUUAUUUAUCCUCGCAAAGGAUGGAUCGUAAUACAAUUUGACUAAAUGCGAUUUGCCCGUGGGCAAGAGGAAACGAAUCAUCUGUUCUGAUUGGGCAACCCGAGCUAGUAAGAGGGGCCCAUCUUGCCAACUCGAGAUUGCAUGCUCAGAUCCCGCUGGAAAAAAUUGCGGGGGAACAGACUUUCAAAGUAAUUUUUAAUUUUUGGACAACGUCGGCUGUGGAGUCGUAAAAAGCGGUAGAAGACAGAAGUAGAGAAAACAUAAUCGAUUUCACCAUUUUCUUGUUUUAAAAAAAGCAGAAAGUAGAAAAAAUUCAACUAUAAAGUUCUCGAAAUAUACAAAUUAUUCUUAAUUCUUAUUUAAGCG